ACUGUGACAUAUAAAAGCUGUUAGCUGCUCCUGUAGCCAGCAGCACUCAAACCUUGUAGAGUUUUGCUCUGAGAUUUGUAAUAAGACACACUCCUCUCACAAGAGUUCAUGCUACAACCUAGCAAAGAACUUUACAUUUUUGGAAGAAUACUAUAUUCAUUUUGGCUUUGUGCAGAGGCAAAGUAAACUGGUGGCCUCUUCCUCUCCACCUCUCAAAAUGAUAGCAAUCUCUGCAGUCAGCAGUGCACUCCUGUUCUCCCUUCUCUGUGAAGCCAGUGCCGUCGUCUUACUCAAUUCCACUGACUCAUCCCCGCCAACCAAUAAUUUCACUGAUAUUGAAGCAGCCCUGGAAGCACAACUAGACUCUGCGGAUAUCCCCAAAACCAGGCGGAAGCGCUACAUUUCGCAGAAUGACAUGAUCGCCAUUCUUGAUUAUCAUAACCAAGUUCGGGGCAAAGUGUUCCCACCAGCAGCAAACAUGGAAUAUAUGGUUUGGGAUGAAAAUCUUGCAAAGUCUGCAGAGGCUUGGGCAGCUACCUGCAUUUGGGACCAUGGACCUUCUUACUUAUUGAGAUUUUUGGGUCAAAAUCUAUCUGUACGAACUGGAAGAUACCGCUCUAUUCUCCAGUUGGUCAAGCCAUGGUAUGAUGAAGUGAAAGACUAUGCCUUUCCAUAUCCCCAGGAUUGCAAUCCCCGAUGUCCUAUGAGAUGUUUCGGCCCCAUGUGCACACAUUAUACACAGAUGGUUUGGGCCACCUCCAAUCGAAUAGGAUGUGCAAUUCAUACUUGUCAAAACAUGAACGUCUGGGGAGCUGUAUGGCGCCGUGCAGUUUAUUUGGUGUGCAACUAUGCCCCAAAGGGCAACUGGAUCGGAGAAGCACCAUAUAAAGUAGGAGUACCAUGUUCAGCUUGCCCUCCAAGUUAUGGAGGGUCUUGUACUGACAAUCUCUGCUUUCCAGGUGUAACGUCAAACUACCUGUAUUGGUUUAAAUAAGCUUAUCUUUUCCUCCAGGAAAUACAAUGGUUUCUGGGAAUCAUAGGCAUAUAUAUAUAUUGAGUUUUGCACAUAUUAUACAUAUUUUAUCAUAAUCUUGUUUUCCUUUUAUUAUUCAUUGUAAAGAUUAGUGUUUAUCUUGUAUGUUUGUUUAAUCCUUUGAGGUAAUCAAACAUCCAUGUCUAUUUUCUGACCUCUAAGUCUAAAUUAAAAUACUGUGUAUGUAGUAUUGACUUAGUUGAUGCAUCCAAUUCCAAAGCUUGUUUUCCAAAGAAAUUAUGUAUGUUUCUAACAAAUAGAACAUAUAUUUGGCCUAUAAAUACACAUACAUAGAUGAUGUAAUACAUAGAUAAUAUGAUUUUGUAGUUAUCUUGGAGGAAUUUUUUAAAAAUCUUAUUCUAAACAAUAUGUUAGGUUGUAGGACAUCUCCUGCACCCAUUUCUUUAAUAACCCCAAACUGAUCAUUUGCAAACUACUAAUAAAACUCCAUGAUACCUAGAUAUAAUAAUUUAAUUAAGAACCACAGAUUUCAUUCUGGAAAUAUUUUGUUUUAUUUGGGUCCACCAAAAGAUAUUCUCAAUUUUUGUAAGGUUGAACGCAUUUAUUUUGCUUAACCUCUUUUAUUGAACCAGUAAUCAUGUGUGGAGUGGUUAUGAUGGGCAAGGAACUCUGCUAGUUAUGUUCUGAUCAUGCAAGGAUAAUAAGACAUAAUUCCUGUCUUCAAGAAGCUCACAAAAAUAUUCAGGAAAUAAUGCAGCCUAAUUAUUGGGUUGUCCAAAAAGUUUGUUCGGGUUUUUCUGUGAUGUUACGGGGAAACAAGUGAACUUUUUGGCCAACUCAAUAUCUUGCUGUAAAAAUGUUAUUUGUUAACAAGUUGAUUUUUCAUGUAAAUUUGAGGAAGGGAACCCAACGAUGUUCACAUGUAGGCGGAAUAGGUGAUAGGCCAUGCCAUGUAAUAUGUAGGUUCUCCUGGUUAGCAUGAAAUGUAGCUAUAGUGCUUGGAACUAAAUGAGGCAGGGAAGAAUGAACAACUGUGAGUGUAAAUAGUUGUUUUGGGAGGUGGAAAGCAAGACCUAAGUGAACUGACAAGGUCCAAGAGAAGUAAGAUUCAGGAGACAGGCAUGCAACCCCACGGAAAUAGCGUUACCACACAAGCACGCGCACACACACACACACACACACACACACACACACACACACACACGGAGAGCCUCAGAAAGGCAUAUCCUGAAGGUUUAAUAUACCUUGAAGCCUGUGAGCAGGAGGUGAGGGAUACCAGAAAGAAACAGUGCAGGUUCCAAGGAUAUCUUCUGCUCUCCAUCGUUCUGCUUGUCCUUAUUUGAUGAGAAUCAGUCUAUUCAGCAUGGUGGUCCUUGAGCAUCAUGUGGAAAAUCUCAUGUACACACCACAAACAGCUAUGAUUUUGUGAAAGGGGGCCUCUUCAGAUGAUUUUCUAAGCACUAAUUACCAAAUUUUAUUACCAUAUCUAAGUAGAAGAAUAUUUUUCAGUUCUCCAUUAAGUUUGCAUGUGUGCAUGCUCAGUCGCUUCAGUACUGUCUGACUCUUUGCAACGCUAUGGACUGUAGCCCACCGGCCUCCUCUGUCCAUAGGAUUCUCCAGGCAAGAAUACUGGAGUGGGCUGCCAUUUCCUUUUUCAGGGGAUCUUCCUGACUUAGGGAUUGAACUUGCAUCUCCUGUGUCUCCUGCAUUGGCAGGUGGAUUCUUUACCAUUGAACCACCUGGGAAGCCCCAAAAGUGAAGCAUGGUGGAAAGCAAGUCAAAGUCACUGUGAAAAUUUCACUCAUGUGAUUUUGGAAAUGCUUAUUUCCAAAUCACUUUCAGAGAGGAGAAAUUCAACACAUGGAUCAAGACACUUAACACAUUACAUUUUACAUGUGCAUGCAUGUGCGUGUGUGGUUCAAGUUAUAUAAUGCUGCAGUAGAAUUACAGAAUCAGUAAACACAGUUAGUUCCAGAGUACAAAUAACAGAAGGAAGCUACUUGUUUAAAAUUCCAUACACAUUUGCAGUUGCUUAGUGUAGAUUCAUUGAAAGAUGACAGAUAGUUAAUUAAAUCCAAUGGGGGAUUAUCCAGCAUCUGGAGUUCAGGUUUUCAUGAUGACAAAUAAUUGGCCAGAUUUCUUUCACACACUGAAUCUGACCAAAUGUUUUCCUAUCAAACGACUUUGCUUUUGUGGUAACAUAUAUAGAUUUUAUUAAAAAUAAGUAUUUUUGGAGACUAAUGUGAAGAACAGAAACAACAGGAAGAGUCAGGUCUCAAAUCAGCUUUUAGCUAAUAUAUACAGGCAAUUGGAGAGAAAGCUCAUUAGUGGGAUAUUUGUUUGCUUUAUCUAGAUAGUAUUUCUUGAGUUUCCUAAACUAGUUCUACAGAAGUAGUAAAAUAACUAUUAAACCAAAAAAAGGCUAUGAUCAGUUCCAUCCUAUUGCUGGUUUACCUGCGUGGCUUGAUUUCUCAGGUCUCAAAAAGAAUGAUGAUAUUUGCCACAUGAUUCACAGAAGUUCAUUUGAAGGUAAAAUUACCAUAUUAGUAGAAAAUCAUGAAUAUUAGAAUUAUCAUUAAUGUUGUGAAGUUUUAUUUGCGAUAAAAUUAAGUCUUUCAUGAGCUCCUCUUUGGCAGAAAUUCUGUCUUAUCUUUGUGUGUUUAUAACAGCUUCUUAUAUAAUGGCUAUAGUGUAAUAAGUUUUUAUAUGAAUGGGUUUUUAGAAUUAACACAACAGUCUAGUAUUGCAAGAAUUAGAAGAACCUCACCUUUCCAUGUUUCAUUAAGACAAAAAUGUCUUAGAUACAAAGCUUUGAGUGCAUCAACAAUCCAGAUAAAGCACCAAAUAUAACAGAUUAAGACUAGGAACCACAUACUCAUAAACUUGUACACAACAGUCCUUUCCAAAUAUAAGUUUAUUUAUAACUUAACAACUCAGCUGAAAAUGUAACGGGUAUAUUUGUUAUUCUAUCUGUGCUUCUUAAAGUUAGUAAUAUAAAGUGGCCAUGUGAAAUGUUUUAUUUGCUAGGCUAAAGCAAAUGAACAUUUGCUUGAAUCAACCCAGAGUGUCAUACUUUUCACAGCAUGCAACAAUGGUGCUAGGAUAGCUAUUUCUCACUGUAACUCCCAGAGGGAAAAAGGGUCUGGGCAUAAGCUAUUUCAUAAGAGCAGCUUUAAAUAGUAUGGAGGUUUUCAUUUCAAUACGUUUCAUUCGAAAUGGUGAUUGGCAUACAUAUUCUACAGCAUUGAUUUUUAUUUUUGGUAUGGAUUUUUCAUUACAUCCUUUAUUCAGUAGAAAAAUUUUUUAAAAAUCUGUCAUAACAUCAGUUUUUUUGGCUUCCAUGUCAUCAAAAGACUGGAAAAAUUACGAGUUGAGCUGUUAAACUGAUGGAUUCCUUUACAGAAUUGUAUUUGAGUUGUGUAGGCACACUCUUAAUGUUCCUGGUUAUGGUAGGUAAGUUUGCUUUUAAAAUGUGGCAGAAACAAUUUUCAUUGUUAUCAUGUUUUGUUGUUUUUUUUCCUGUCCAGUAGUCUAAGAAGCAUCACUUCCGCAGUCCGUUAGGACUUCCCUACCAAGUUCACUUGGCAGUUCAUCUGAAACUUUUGUGGAAAUACUCAUUUGAAAGUUCCAUGAAGUUUUAGCACAGAGCUGACCAAACAGUAGGGAAAAUUCAAUCAUUAUAAUUUACUCAGAAUAUUUGAAUUGAAGCAAUAUAUAUUUUUCUCAUUAGUAUAUGCUUGUGUUAGAUCAACUUAUCUACAUAAGCAAUCGAAAACAUAUUUAGGCCAGUUCAAGUGUUCUGUGUUCACAUCCUGCUUAUUAAGUGAACACAUAAGUUAAACAGAUCAUCUGAGUGUGUUCAGGAAGGAACAGUCAUGCUUACACCGGGGUCUGUUUUCUCCCCUUGUAUAACAACAUUCCCAAUGUUCUACAGGAGCAUAGGACGCCAAUCUUGGAUGGGAGGAAGCUGUUUCCCACGGAAGUGUUUAGGGAGAGUAAAAUUAGAUUUCUAUCAACGUCUAAUAUCUUUGUUUUAUACUUGCAUAUUUUUGUAUUGUUAUAUGUGUGAGGGAAGACAUUUAAACACAUGCAAAAUAAUUUUUAAAAAUUAUUUCAUCUUCUAACUUUGACUUAUGAGAGGUCAGUCAACAACUUAGAAAGUUACACAGUUCACUGGUUAAUGGUGCUGAAAAGUCAUUACAACCACCAUAUACUUGCUUUAAUUUUGAAGUUUCUUUGCAAUUCAAGUUUUUAAUAAGUGUGAACUAUCAGUAUCUACUCUGGUGCUAUAUAUGUGGUGCUAAAUGAAUUGUUAGUGUUAGUAGGUUAAGAAGUUUCUUUUUAUUCAUAUUUACAAAUGUUGUCCUUUCAAUUCCUGAUUUAGAAAUAUUAAUAACGUCCUGUUAAAUGAAUCUUAAACAAAAUAAGCCAGUGUGCUCUGUUUUUAUAUAAUAAUCCAACAUUAUUUGGGUGUUAAAGAAUGUAAAUAUAUUUCUUAGAAGUUAUCCAUCUUUUUAAAAAGCAUUUUUAACCUUGGAAUGUAAAAUUCAAGUUAUCAACUAAAGGUUAGAUUACACCUACACCAAGCGUGCUUCAGGCACUGGCGCCCUCUGGUGGUCAUAAGAACAAAUUCUUGAUGGCAACUUGGCCUGCCAAUAAAACCAUUUCUUCAGUUCAAUUAAAAUUUAAGUUGCAUAAUAUUAAAUUCUUGGAUACUCUGUAACUCUGAUGGCAUUAAAGAUGCUUGAUUCUAUUUACAUAAUUUUCUAGGAGAGUAAUACAUAUAUAUUGACAUCCAUUUUCCUAAAUAAUAAUAAUUUUUUAUGGCAUUCUAGUCCUGAGGUGCUUAUUACAGUGUUCUUUUUUUAAACUAGGUAUUAAUAAAAUAUAUUUUUAAUUGUGUUUACAUCAUAAAUAUGAUAAUAGGUAAAACUAGUGAACAGAACUCUGUGUUUCACUUUCAGAAGUGAUCAUUUAUUUUUAUAUAUUAAAACAAUUUCAUAUAUCAAAAGAUUCUCUCUCCACUUUUACUUGUUGAUCUAUAAUUUGAUAAUGCUCUUUGGUCAUACUGUUGAGCUAAUGAUUACAUUUUAUUGUUCCAUUCAAAUUCCUUCUGGACUUAAAAAUAUACCUAAAAACUUAGGAUUAUAUCCCUUGUUAACUAAUGAAGGCAACAUUUUUAGAUAACUUUUCACUUGAGUUGUGCAGCUGACUAAGUGUGAUAAUCUGUUUCGACAAAGAUAUUUCUUAAACUGUGUUAGCAUAACCAAAUGAAAUAUACUUUAAAGCAGUUUCCCAUAUUAGUAUUUUCAAAUUUAUAUUAAAGCAAUAAACCCUUUGUAUGAUCUCAAUCCUAUACAAAGCUCCGAUAUAUAAUAUGCAUAACAUGGACUAAACCUUCUCCAGUGCCUUGGAAGUUUCUUCUAAGAGCCCUAGGAUUCCAUAAAACCACUAGGAAAACAUUGAUGAAAGUCAUCCAGUUCUCCCCAUUUUCUCAAAAGAAAUCAACUAAUUAAAGACAAAAAAAUGGAGACCCUAAAAGUUUUGCAAUGGUUAUCUAAAUUAUUAAUCACUCACUUCACUUUGCAUGUGUUAGAAGUCAAACUAAUUGAUAGAGCAUUUAACACUGAUUUUAACUGGUGCUUGGUUAUAGAUUACAGUAUCUUGUGCUUUGUUAUUUGACAAACAGAAUUUUGGUACCAUAAUAUUUUAAGAAUUAGAGAUAAUUGUGAUGCACAUAGAACGUGUUUAAAAAUAUCUGAAUGUUUCAAAUAUGUACAUAAUCCUAAAAUAUUGUAUCAUUUUAGAUUUUUUAAAAGAUUAAUUUCAUAUUUUUUAUUCAUUACCUAAUACUGUGGCAGUAGAAGGUGCCUUUGAUGUUGUGAUAUAAUGUCAUGAAUAUGUACAUACAUAAAGCCUGUGUAAACCUCUGACUUUAUAAAGCAUAACAAGUGUAGCUUUUUAAGCCCCACUAUAUUAUUUUUCCUUCAAUAAAAUAUUAUAAUUAA